CAGCACCAGGCGGGGCCGGGGCUAGAGCGCUGCCGCCGCCGCUGGUGCCGUCGCUGCUGCUCUGCAGAGCGGGGCCCGGGGCCGGGGCCGGGGAGCCCUUCUUCCCACCUUCUCCCGCCAUGAGCCAGGGAAGUCCGGGGGACUGGGCCCCCCUCGAUCCCACCCCCGGACCCCCAGCGCCCCCCAACCCCUUCGUGCAUGAGUUACAUCUCUCCCGCUUCCAGAGGGUUAAGUUCUGCCUCCUGGGGGCACUGCUGGCCCCUAUCCGAGUGCUUCUGGCCUUUAUCGUCCUCUUUCUCCUCUGGCCCUUUGCCUGGCUGCAAGUAGCAGGUCUUACUGAGGAGCAGCUUCAGGAGCCAAUUACAGGAUGGAGGAAGACUGUGUGCCACAAUGGGGUGCUGGGCCUGAGCCGCCUGCUCUUUUUCCUGCUGGGCUUCCUCCGGAUUCGCGUUCGGGGACAGCGGGCCUCUCGCCUUCAAGCCCCUGUCCUUGUUGCUGCCCCCCACUCCACUUUUUUCGACCCCAUUGUUCUGCUGCCCUGUGACCUGCCCAAAGUUGUUUCCCGAGCUGAGAACCUUUCUGUGCCUGUCAUUGGAGCCCUUCUUCGAUUCAACCAAGCCAUCCUAGUAUCCCGACACGACCCUGCUUCUAGGCGCAGAGUGGUGGAGGAGGUCCGAAGGCGGGCCACCUCAGGAGGCAAGUGGCCCCAGGUGUUAUUCUUUCCUGAGGGCACCUGUUCCAACAAGAAGGCUUUGCUUAAGUUCAAACCAGGAGCCUUCAUUGCAGGGGUGCCUGUGCAGCCUGUCCUCAUCCGCUACCCCAACAGUCUGGACACCACCAGCUGGGCAUGGAGGGGCCCUGGAGUACUCAAAGUCCUCUGGCUCACUGCUUCUCAGCCCUGCAGCAUUGUGGAUGUGGAGUUUCUCCCCGUAUAUCACCCCAGCCCUGUGGAGAGCAGGGACCCCACCCUCUAUGCCAACAAUGUCCAGAGGGUCAUGGCACAGGCCCUGGGCAUUCCAGCCACCGAAUGUGAGUUUGUAGGGAGCUUGCCUAUGAUUGUGGUGGGCCGGCUGAAGGUGGCAUUGGAGCCGCAGCUCUGGGAACUGGGAAAAGUGCUUCGAAAGGCUGGGCUGUCCCCUGGCUGUGUGGACACUGGGGCAGAGCCAGGCCGGAGUCGAAUGAUUAGCCAAGAAGAGUUUGCCAGGCAGCUACAGCUCUCUGAUUCUCACACGGUGGCUGGUGCCUUUAGCUACUUCCAGCAGGAUGCCAAGGGUUUGGUGGACUUCCGAGAUGUGGCCCUUGCACUAGCAGCUCUGGAUGGGGGCAGGAGCCUGGAGGAGCUGACUCUCCUGGCCUUUGAGCUCUUUGCUGAAGAGCAAGCUGAGGGGCCCAGCCGCCUGCUGUGCAAAGACGGCUUCAGCACCAUCCUGCACCUGCUGCUGGGCUCACCCCACCCUGCUGCCACAACUCUGCAUGCUGAGCUAUGCCGGGCAGGGCCCAGCCAAGGCCUCUCCCUCUGUCAGUUCCAGAACUUCUCUCUUCAUGACCCACUCUAUGGGAAGCUCUUCAGCACCUAUCUGCGCCCUCCCCAUUCCCCUCAAGGCACCUCCCAGAUACCAAAUGCCACAUCUCCAGGCAACCCCACUGCUCUGGCCAAUGGGACUGUGCAAGCACCCAAGCAGAAGAGCGACUGAGCGCCUCAGCAUCCUGCCCCUUCUUCCUCAGCUCAAACCCAGCCCCGCAGACUCAGGGCAGCGCCAGGGGCCUACCCUAUGCCUCAACCCCAUCUCCGCUCCUGUUUGAUUUUUGUUAUUGUUUGUUUUUUUUUUUAAGUUGAUUUAAA